AUAAAGUACCACGAGGAGUUCGAGCGGAGCAGGAUGGGUCCCAGCCCCAGCGAGGGUGCUGAGCUGGAGCGCAGGAACUCCCAGGAGAGCGCCAACUACAGGAGAGCUCCGGAACAGCAGCACCAGCAGCAGCCACAGCACCUCCAGCCCAGCAGCCCAGCCUACCAGCAGCAGCAGCAACCUCCCCCCCAGUCCUACAGCUACAAGGAGCCAGCAGCCCCCAGCUCCACGCAGCGCAGCGCUCCUGCCGGGGGGAAGCGUUUCCGGGCGGUCUAUGACUACACAGCCGCGGAUGAGGACGAGGUCUCCUUCCAGGACGGGGACACCAUCGUCAACGCGCAGCAGAUCGACGAGGGCUGGAUGUACGGCACGGUGGAGCGCACCGGCGACACCGGCAUGCUGCCGGCCAACUACGUCGAGGCCAUCUGAGCCCCGCCCCCGGCCCCGCCCCCCGGCCCCGC